UUGGGAAAAUCUCUGACCCAGAACCAACUCGUCGAGCUGGCAAAGAAGGGCAACAUCGAGGAGGAUGGAGCAGUACUUCCCGUGGUUAUCACAGCCAACGACGUCGUGGUCGACGGGUUUUGCAGGGCAAGGUGUGGUAACCACGGCAUUGUCCCCUCGUUGUCAAAGAUCAACGGGAAGAGCUCGUCGUCGAGAUCGGUUUACGUCUGGGUGGGGAACUCAGAGACUCAGUGCCCUGGCUUGUGCGAGUGGCCGUUCCACGAGGCUGCCAAUGGGCCUCCGAGCCCGGUCCUGGUUGCGCCCAACGGGGAUGCUGCUAUGGACGGAGUGGUGAUCAACUUGGCGAGCCUGUUGGCCGGGGCCGUGACAAAUCCAUUUGGGGAUGGGUAUUUCCAGGGCCCAAAAGAGGCCCCAUUGGAGGCUGGGUCGGCCUGUCCGGGCGUGUUCGGGAAAGGGUCGCACCCUGGAUUUGCAGGGGAUCUGCUCAAGGACGAUAAGAGUGGUGCAAGCUACAACGCGAAUGGGAUUAAAGGGAGGAAGUUCUUGGUGCCUGGUCUGUUUGACCCUGCUACUUCCACAUGCUCCACUGUAGGUUGAGAUCACAGGAUAAAAAUGUGGUGUAUAUGCAAACCUACAAAACAAUUUUGAACCCAGCCUAUUGGCCGGAUGUAUUUUUUAUUAUUAUUUAUAUUUGUUGAUUUUGAUUACUUCAUUUAUGUUUGAAAUCCUUCAUGUAGCUUUGUGGGAUUUCGAUAGAGUUUAUGUGAAAGC